AUGGCUAGAUAUCUGCAAGACAAAAGUAUUGAUGAGCUACAGACACUUUUAUCUGACCAAGGAGCCUAUCAACAGUUCUUGCUUUCAAUUGAUCCUGUAAGAACUCAGAAUAAUGUACGAGAUGAGCUUAAGAAAGAAACCCUGCAACUUGCUUCAUCUGCUCAAGAAAAGUUACAUGAGCUCAAGAAAAAAACCCAACUCCUUCAAUGUUACUCCUCGGGUUCCUUGCUAAACAAGCUACAAGAGUGUAUGAAUAAAACGGAUGAGGAAUCAGAAAUGCUACAUGAACAGCUUCUUGGAAAGGAGAUUGAUGUUGUGACUUUUACUAAAAAGUAUAAACAACUUCGGAUUAAUUACCAUAAAAAGUCUCUCACCUAUCUUGCAGCCAAGACUAGUGUCGUUGGCUGA